AUGAUCACUAUGGGGGAAUAUCUGGCAAACAGCCUGGGAAAUGAAGCCGCUGGAAUUGUGAGCAGAGUCGGCAUCAAGGUAGAUAGAUUGAAGCCAGGAGAGCGGGUUGUCUUUCUUGGUGGGGUGGACACUGGUUGCUUCCAUACAUUUGGAAGGAUCGACCAAGAUGUUGUGGUCCCAUUGCCCGACAGUAUCAGCUUCGAAACCGCUGCCGGGCUUCCUUGUGUCUACUCAACUGUCCUAUAUGGUCUCAGGGAGGCCGCUCACUUGUCAAAAGGCGAAACGAUUCUGAUCCACGCUGCUGCCGUUGGAGUUGGCCAGGCCGCUAUACAAUAUGCCAAGAUUGUGGGAGCGGAAAUAUACGCUACCGUUUCUACCUUGGAAAAGCGUCAACUCAUCAUCUCAAAAUACGAAUUGACACCGUUCUUGCGAAAUGUCACCAUGACUAGUGUGGAGCUUCCGACAAUGCGCCACAAGCCGUCUAUGAUUGGCCAGCUAACAGCAGACGCCAUCCGUUUAUUUGAAGAAGGAAAGAUUCGAGAGGCAACGCCAACAACUAUUUUGAAGUACUCCCAGGUUGAAGAAGGACUUCGAUUAUUGCAAUCUGGGAAGGGAACAGGGAAAAUGAUACUUGUUCCUGAGCAAGAAGAUCGCAUCCCGUUGAUACCGGAUUUAUCGUCGCCAUUAUUUUUAGACCCAAAUGCGUCCUACAUCUUGGCCGGUGCUCUUGGGGGAAUUGGUCGAAGCAUUGCACGAUGGAUGGUAUCCCGUGGAGCCAAACAGUUGAUAUUCUUAUCCCGUUCUGGCCGCGCUGAAUCAGACGUGGAUUCGAUGUUUGGGAGCAUGUCAUACAAUGAUUGGCAAACGGCAGUCAGACCCAAAGUGAAAGGAUCGUGGAACCUUCACAAUAGUCCCCCAAAGGAUGUUGAUUCCUUUGUCAUGCUUUCAUCAGCUACUGGUAUCAUCGGCAACAAGAGCCAAGCUAACUACGCUACUGGAAACACAUAUCAAGAUGCUUUGGCUCAAUAUCGUGUAUCCCAAGGCCUCCGAGGCAGUAGUGUGGACUUGGGAAGUAUCCUCCAGGUCGGUUUUGUCGCUGAGAACAUGCAAUACGCGCGCCAUACCACGGCCACGCUGAGAUCACUGCGGGAAGACGAAGUUCAUUCCAUCUUGGAAUACCUUUUGAGUGAGAAAGUAUCACAUUCAGCUUGCCAGGUCAUUGCAGGGCUAAGCGAUGAGACUCUUUACAAUGGGCAAGAUGUGUUGCCUCCGAGCUAUUUUGCCUUCCUCUUCUUUGCCCAUCUUCGAAAACCUUCCACUGUCAGGAAGAUGACCUCCGAAACAAAUCCAUCCAGUCGCGUCCAGUCUCUUCUCCAGGCAGCUACGACGUUAGAGGAAGCGGUCGGCAUUGUCACAGAAGGAAUCUAA